AUGGCCUGCGCUGAGGUCCCGCAGAAGGCAGCUCCGCACCAGCCCCAGCCCAUCUCCGCAACAGCCACCACCACCGACACAGCGGGCCCUGCCGGGGGUCAUCGUGGCUCCGCGGACGGCGACCUGGAGUGCCUGGUGUGCCGCGAGCCCUACAGCUGCGCCCGACUUCCCAAGCUGCUGGGCUGCCAGCACUCCUUCUGCGCAGUCUGCCUGAAGCUCCUGCUGUGCGUGCAGAACGACACCUGGGCCAUCACCUGCCCGCUGUGCCGCAAGGCCACCGUCGUCCCUGGGGGCCUCAUCUGCAGCCUGAGUGACCAGGAGGCCGUGGUGGGGCAGCUCACCCGGUCAUGCCCAGAGGUGUGGCUCUGUCCUCAGGAGCUGGUGAAUCCUGCCACCUUGACAGCAGGGCACCCCAGCUGGGUGGGAGAGGAUGAACAGGACUUGGCAAGUGCCAACCGAGUGGCAGCCCGGGGCCUGGUGGCACACCUGCUCCUCCUGGCCUUACUCAUUGCCCUCAUCCUGCCCUUCAUCUACCCUGGCGUCAUGCACUGGGCGCUCUCCCUUGUCAUCGCCCUGGCCCUGCUAAUAUCCAUCCUCUCCUGCUAUCACCCCUGCAGCCAGGGCGGCUGCUGGCACUCCCCCAGGACUCUCUUCUGCAGAGGGCAGAAACACAGCGAGGUCUCCUCCGUUGCCUGAGUGCCCCAAGCAGGCACCCACAGCACCCUCCGCCUC